AUGGCUGUUUGGAAUGAUGGUUUAGUAGAUGUCUUUUGUGACUUUUGUAUCAAGGAGGUGGAUAACAAUAAUCGUCCACAUACUCAUUUUAAUCCGGAGGGAUGGCUGAAUAUAAUCAAUAAUUUUUCUAAAGAAACGGGCAAAGAAUAUACUAGAAAACAACUGAAAAAUAAAUGGGAUUCCCUCAAAGAUCAUUGGAAAUUAUGGAAAGAUUUGAAGGGAAAAGAGACCGGUCUUGGGUGGGAUCACAGGCGUCAAACUAUAGAUGCAUCCGAUGAGUGGUGGCGCCUCAAGAUUGAGAAAAACAAGGAAUAUGGAAAGUUAAAGAAAAAGGGAAUUGCACCCGAUUUUGAAGACAAGUUGGAUAAGAUGUUCAUGGGUAUUUCAGCCACUGGUCAGCAUGCAUAUUCACCAUCUUCUGCACUACCUAUCCCUAGAAGUCCACAGCAAGGUAACAAUGAGGUGAACCUUGAAGGUAGUGGUGACUCUGAGGACAAUGAUGAUUUGGCCCCCACUCUGCCUAAAAGAAAAAGAAAUGAGAGAGCUGAGAAAGGUAAAGGAGUAGUACCAAAAAAAGAAAAGGUGGGAGGUGCUGCUCAUUUGGCUAAACAAAUUAAUCGAAUGUGUGAGGCAAUUGAGAGUAGGAGCACAGGAACUUCCAUGAUCAAUAAAAGUGUAGAAGGUGGAGCCACUACUAUUAAGGACGUGAUGAAGGAUGUCACCUCAUUGCCUAGUAUCGAGCAGGGUAAUAGGUUGUGGUUUUUUGCCACUCGACUGUUUUUAAGUCAAGAGAAGAGAGAGAUGUAUUUCACUAUGGAAGAUCCUAACGUGAGGUUGGAGUGGCUGAAAUUUGAGAUUAACGAUAACUAA